GCUAGAGCAGAGUGCGAGUGUGCGGAUGAGCCAAUCAGAGGCAGAAAAGCAGAUUCACAGCGGUUUAUCAGAGCGGAGACGAACACACAAAACACGCUGAGAUUUCCUUUUUGUUUUAUUUGUUGUUAGUGACAUUUUGAGUUUAAGCCACAAGAACUUCAAUUAAGCUUAAACCUCAUGUUAACCAGCAGAAGUUAAUCUAUGUUGGGGGAGUUGUUCAUAACAUUUGUGGCCGGAGCAGAGACUUUAAAUCCGCGACUUCGACGAGAUUUUAGGAGAAAACCACACAUUUCGGUGACGUCGUGAGGACGCCUUCGAUGGAAACGCUCUGAAGACGACGCAGUCGUAAAAAGUCGUACUGAUGUUUUCACUCAGGCAGGAAAACAUCUCCACCUCCAACAAAGGAACCGUCAAAUAUGGGGAGCUCCUGGUGCUGGGGUGUAACGGUUCUCUGCCGGGCGGCGACAAAGGAAGGAGGAAAAGUCGCCUUGCUCUGUGUCGCAGAAAUAAAGCCAACGGGGUGAAACCGAGCACUGUCCACACGACCUGCACGCCACAGGCUGCCCAGGCCGUCAGCAACAAGGUGCAGCACAGCAUCUCCUACACUCAGUCCAGGACUCAGACGGUGGUGGUGGAGUACACUCACGACAGCGACACCGACAUGUUCCAGGUCGGACGCUCGGGGGAGAAUCCCAUCGACUUCGUGGUCACCGACGUCGUUCCCGGUGCUUAUGGCCAGAACGCAGAGAGCUCGGCCGCUCAGAGCACGAUUUCCCGCUUCGCCUGUCGCAUCAUCUGCCAGAGGAACCCGCCGUACUCGGUGCGGAUCUACGCCGCAGGCUUCGACUCCCACAAGAACAUCGUCCUCGGGGAGAGGGCGGCCAAGUGGAGGCUGGAGGACGGCCAGAUGGACGGACUGACCACCAACGGCGUUCUGGUGAUGCACCCGCGCCACGGAUUCAGCCGCGACUCGGGACCCGGCCUGUGGAGGGAAAUCUCCGUUUGCGGCAACGUGUUCACGCUGCGUGAGACGAGAUCGGCUCAGCAGAGGGGCAAGACGGUGUCCUCGGAGUCCAACGAGCUGGUGGACGGCUCGCUCAUCGACCUGUGCGGUGCCACCCUGCUGUGGCGGACAGCUGAGGGCCUGGCGCACACUCCCACCGUCAAACACCUGGAGGCGCUGCGGCAGGAGCUGAACGCCGGGCGUCCGCAGUGCCCCGUGGGCUUCAACACGCUGGCCUUCCCCAGCCUGAGCCGCAAAGACGUGCCGGACGAGAAGCAGCCGUGGGCGUACCUGCGCUGCGGCCACGUGCACGGCUACCACCGCUGGGGCGGGCGCCGCGACCCCGAGGUGGAGGCGGAGUGUCAGGAGAGAGAGUGCCCCAUGUGCCGGGCGCGGGGCCCCUACAAGCCGCUGUGGCUGGGCUGCGAGGCGGGCUUCUACGUGGACGCAGAGUCCCCCACCCACGCCUUUGUCCCCUGCGGCCACGUCUGCUCGGAGAAGACGGCGGCGUACUGGAGUCAGAUCCCGCUGCCACACGGCACGCACGCCUUCCACGCCGCCUGCCCGUUCUGUGUGCAGCCGCUGAGCGGAGACGUCGGCUACAUCAGACUCAUCUUCCAAAGCCCGCUGGACUAGAGACGCUUGGACGUCUGCAACUUUCUUAACUUAAUACGUUUUUUUUUUAUAUAUUUAUGACUGUACGCUAUGUUGACUUUAUUAUUUAUUCCAGUACCUCUUCAGUCAGGUCUUUUUAUUGUCUUGUAAAUGAGAAUUUAACAGCAGCCAUUUUGUCCCUUCAGCUGAUUAUCUAUUAAUUCAGGGAAUGUGUGUCUGACUGUUAAAUUCCGAUUUCCGACUACUACCGGAACGCACAGCAAUGCCUGGGCUCUGUGGUGAAAAGUAUGUGACCUUUUUUUUUUGGGGGGGGGGGGGGGGCAGUGUAUGUUACCUUCAAAUAAGACUGUUGAACUUGCAACGUUGUUGCUAGGCAAUAGCAAUGACAGUUAUCUGCAGAUCAUGUUCACGCAACGCAAUAAGGACGGAGUGGAAAUAUAUUCAAUCGGGAGAUGAAAGGCAAAGACACGACCAGAUGCUAAAUUCUCUAAAUUCUCGUUGCUCGCAUCACUUACUCGAGUUGAAAUAUUUGAAAGUAAGCGGAAAUAUCGUGAAAGCUAAUAAGCAUUUAGAGUCUUCUGAUGGAUCAGAAAUGCAGGACAGAAGAAAUGUAGAUGUCUCUGCCUUUUUUUGCAAUAACAUCGCAAUUCGUGAAAUUUCCUCAACGUAACACAUCUUGGUAAACAUGAUAAACACGACACUUCCUGCCACUGCACAAACGAACCCUGGCAACUGAGGCCACACCCCCCACACAGUCUGCUGACCAAUCUGGAAUCGGUCAUAGCUGUUAGUCAUUAUGUCUAAACUAACUAUGUUAACACAAACUGAUUAGAAACGACAAUAUCAGAGUGAUGUAUAUCCCAUUGGCUGAUAUGGAGGGGCCGGGCAGGGGGCGGGGGCAAUCCAUAUGUUUUGCUUCACUUUUGGCAGGUGUCACGAUGUCAUCAAUCUUAAGUCUAUACCCUAAUUCUGUUGCCUCUUUGAUGACUAAAUGUUUUUAUUUUAAAACAAACUUCACAUUGUAAAAAAACAACCAAAAAAAAACGCUUAGGUGCUGCUGUCAUGUGACUUGAAAUGUUUACAAUGACUGUAAUUUAUUUAACAAAAUAAAAAGCACACUGGAAACACAAGUGAUUACAAAUAGCCUACUCAAAAAAAAGUAGUAUUUAAAGUAUAUAAAUAGUAUUUUCUCAUAGGAAUGCAUUAAGGGUCUAAAAAAGUAAUGUUUUGAUACUUAUGACUUUUAUACAAUUGCAGUUUAGGUUGUGUGGUGUUGUUUUUUUUUUAAAAUGAACCUUUUCUGAUUUUAUAAUGAGUGUGUAUUGCGCCCUGUUAGACUCUAACUGAAGGUCCAUGAAAAUAAUGACAAAAAUCACGAAACAAACUCUCUUCCUGCUCACAAAUCUCAACCUACACAGACAUUUUUAUAUAAAAGCAUUGCUGUGGUUGUUGUCUAA